AUGCUCUUAUCUGGCAAAGGUCAACUUCAUACUCUUGCAAGUGUGGGCUAUUCUGAGAUGCUUUGCAGCAUCUCUGAGUAAUUAAUAUUUAGGAGAUUAGGAAAGGCGUAUCUAAAAAUUAUCGUUUAUAAUUAUGAACCCUCAAACGACUUGUUUUCCAAAGGUACAAAUGUCAGCUGUGCAUCAAAUUCAAUUGAAUCUUCUGGAGCAGCCAUCCAAAUUCCCAGUUUCUGCUGUGAUUUGGAUGGGCUAAAAUGGGUGCCCUUAUGAGCGCAGAUAGUGCAAGUCACUAUUGGUCUUCUCAGCCACUCUGUAGAGUUUACAGAACUUAUAGGAGUUUAA